AUGCGAGUCGACGCCAUAUUCGUGCCCUCCUUUCUGGUUACCCUCUUGGGGUGUGCCACCGCGCUGGCUAGUACAGGCCCCGACAUUGAUCCACCACAAUUUGACUCAGACCCCAUCAUCCGCGAUUUCUGUAUCAUCGGAGGUGGCUCAUCCGGCACUUACACCGCCAUCAAACUACGCCAAACGGGCCACAGCGUCGCUUUAGUUGAGAAGGAGCCGCUACUUGGCGGCCACACCAACACUUAUCACGACCCGAUCAGCGGUAAAUACAUAGACUAUGGUGUUAUUGUCUACGAGGAUAUCCCCGAGGUUAGGGAUUACUUCGCCCACUUCAACAUUCCCACCGCCAUUGAGGUAUUCUCAGGACUCACUGAGAGUGUGCUGGUCGACCUGCAUACUGGUGUGAGUGUGUCCUCGCCGCCAGGUAAUAAGACUGAGGCGAUGAUGCGAUAUAAGGAGCAGCUGGCUAAGUAUCCUUAUCUCUCUGACGGUUGGGAUCUUCCAGACCCAGUGCCAGGCGACCUGUUGCUUCCAUUCGGGGAUUUUAUUGAAAAAUACGACCUUGGGCCAGCAGUGGAGACCCUUACAGGAUUCUUCCAAGGUGUGGGUGACUGGUUAUCCUAUCCAACAGUCUACAUUAUGAAGUCUUUUACCCCUGCGGUGGCAAACGGCAUUGAGAAUGGGUACCUGGUCACAACAGAGCAUAAUAAUGGAGCAUUAUACCAAGCAGCGCGUGAGGAAUUAGGAGAUGAUGCCCUAUUGAGCAGCAGGAUAGUGGCUAUGAGUCGGUCUUCGAAUGAUCUACAUCAGAUUCUAGUUCAAACCCCCAAUGGCCUCAGACUUAUCCGCGCAAAGAAGACAAUCAUCACCGUCCCACCGAUUGUGAAAAUUUUGGAGAACUUCGACCUGGAUGAUCAUGAGAGAGCUAUCUUUGGCCAGUUCAAUUAUAGUCACCAUUACACCACGCUGACCAAGAUUACCGGUCUUCCCGCUGGAAAGCAAAUACUUAACCGCGGCGAAGAUACACUGCAUAAUCUCCCCCAUCUUCCUGGCAUAUACGCUAUCACACCAACUGUUAUGCCAGAGUUUUAUGCUCUUAACUACGGGGGUUGGGAGGGUAUGAGAGAAGAUGAGGUGAGAAAUAGAAUUAGAGAUGAUGUCCUGAAACUACGAGUCGCAGGGUAUAACAUCUCUGAGCCUGAAAUAUUGGCGUUCAAUAAUCACUGUCCAUUUGAGCUGUUUGUUUCAGGUGAGCAGAUUGCAAAUGGUUUCUAUAGGGAUUUGUAUGCCUUGCAGGGACACCGGAAUACAUACUAUGCUGGUGCUGCAUUUCAUACACAUGACUCUUCAGCGCUGUGGAAGUUUGUGUGGGAUAUGUUGAGAAAUAUUGCUUAA